CCUGUUCGCGAUUUGCGUUGGAGCGGGUGUCUUGGCCCUCCGCGCGGCCCGUCCCGGGGCGCCUGCCGCCGGCUGAGGGCUGACGUGUCUGCUGUUUCCCGGUGUCGGUGCGAGCGAGGCGGUGAUGGCGGACGCCUGGGAGGAGAUCCGGCGGCUGGCGGCUGACUUCCAGCGGGCGCAGUUUGCGGAAGCCGCGCAGAGGUUGUCAGAGCGGAACUGCAUUGAGAUUGUGAAUAAAUUGAUCUCUCAGAAACAGGUAGAAGUAGUUCAUACGCUUGAUGGAAAGGAAUAUGUUACUCCAGCCCAAAUCAGUAAAGAAAUGAGAGAUGAGCUGCAUGUCCGAGGUGGUCGAGUAAACAUUGUUGACUUACAACAGGUUAUUAAUGUGGACCUGACUCAUAUUGAAAAUAGAAUCAGUGACAUUAUUAAAUCAGAGAAGCAUGUCCAAAUAGUAUUGGGUCAACUGAUAGAUGAGAACUAUCUGGAUCGGUUAUCAGAAGAGGUAAAUGACAAAUUGCAAGAAAGCGGUCAAGUAACCAUCUCAGAACUGUGUAAGACGUAUGACCUUCCUGGGGACUUUCUGACACAGGCACUAACUCAGCGACUUGGUCGAAUUAUCAAUGGCCAUAUUGACCUUGAUAACAGAGGGGUGAUUUUCACUGAGGCCUUUGUAGCUCGCCAUAAAGCACGCAUCCGUGGGCUCUUCAGUGCUAUUACCCGGCCUACAGCAGUGAAUUCUUUGAUUUCAAAAUAUGGAUUUCAGGAGCAGCUCCUUUACUCUGUGCUUGAGGAACUCGUUGGCACUGGACGAUUACGAGGCUCUGUGGUUGGCGGGCGACAGGAUAAAGCAGUGUUUGUCCCUGACAUCUAUUCCAGGACACAGAGCACAUGGGUGGAUUCCUUUUUCAGGCAGAACGGCUACCUAGAAUUUGAUGCUUUAUCCAGACUUGGAAUCCCAGAUGCUGUGAACUAUAUAAAGAAAAGAUAUAAGAAUACACAACUCUUGUUUUUGAAGGCAGCUUGUGUUGGUCAAGGACUCGUGGACCAGGUGGAAGCAUCAGUAGAGGAAGCCAUCAGCUCGGGGACAUGGGUUGAUAUUUCUCCUCUGCUACCCAGUUCUUUGUCAGUUGAAGAUGCUGCCAUGCUGCUUCAGCAGGUGAUGCGACCAUUCAGCAAGCAAGCUUCACCUAUAGUCUUUAGUGACACAGUUGUGGUCAGUGAAAAAUUUAUAAAUGACUGUACAGAACUGUUCAGUGAACGGAUGCACCAAAAAGCGGAAAAGGAAAUGAAAAAUAAUCCUGUGCAUUUAAUCACUGAAGAAGAUCUGAAGCAAGUUUCCAUUUUAGAAAGUGUUAAUACAAAUAAAAAGGAUAAAAAAGAUGAGCGCAGGAAGAAGGCAACAGAGGGCACUGGAAGUGUGAGAGGAGGAGGAGGGGGCAAUGCAAGAGAAUACAAAAUUAAAAAGGUCAAGAAGAAAGGAAGAAAAGAUGAUGAUAGUGACGAGGAGUCGCAGUCAUCUCACACUGGAAAGAAGAAGCCAGAUAUCAUGUUCAUGUUCCAGGAUGAAAUUGAAGAUUAUUUAAAGAAACAUGUGCAAGAUGCCCCUGAGGAGUUUAUUUCGGAACUUGCAGAAUACUUAAUAAAACCUCUUAAUAAAAUGUAUCUUGAGGUGGUACGUUCAGUGUUCAUGUCUUCAACAUCUGCUUCUGGAACUGGCAGAAAACGUACAAUCAAGGACUUACAAGAAGAGGUUUCAAACCUAUACAAUAAUAUCAGAUUAUUUGAAAAGGGGAUGAAGUAUUUUGCAGAUGACACACAGACUGCUCUUACCAAACACCUGCUGAAGACAGUGUGUACCGAUAUCACCAACCUCAUAUUCAACUUCCUAGCCUCAGAUUUAAUGAUGGCGCUAGAGGACCCUGCAGCCAUUACAAGUGAAAUAAGAAGAAAAAUCUUAAGUAAAUUGACAGAAGAAACCAAAGCAGCCCUCACCAAACUGCACAACUCUCUGAAUGAGAAAAGCAUAGAAGACUUCCUUUCUUGUCUGGAUUCUGCAACAGAAGCUUGUGACAUUAUGGUGAAAAAGGGAGACAAAAAAAGGGAAAGACAAAUACUCUUCCAGCACCGGCAGGCGCUUGCGGAACAGCUGAAGGUCACUGAAGACCCUGCUCUUGUUUUGCACCUCACAUCAGUCCUGUUAUUUCAGUUCUCAACCCACAGCAUGCUCCACGCACCUGGAAGAUGUGUCCCACAGAUCAUUGCUUUUCUUCAGAACAAAAUCCCAGAGGACCAGCAUACUCUCCUGGUGAAAUAUCAAGGUUUGGUCGUAAAGCAGUUAGUCAAUCAAACUAAGAAGAGUGGGCAGAAGGAAGAUCUGUCAUCUGAGGAAUUAGACAAGGAACAACAUGACGUCAACAACACUACUCGGAAAGAGCUCCAGGAACUGUCUUUAUCAGUUAAGGACCUUGUUCUGAAGUCCAGGAAAUCAUCUGUGACAGAGGAGUAGUGCCCUUAAUUUAUUUUUAUUUUCCCCAAAGUUGAAGAUAAGUGAUCCCCAAAUUAGUCACUCAGCAUACACGCUCUCCCCUGUUAAUCCUCCCCAAUAAUUCAAAUAAAAAAGUGGUGCUGCAUUAGAUGCAGAUCGUAUGGAAAGUUUACUAGUUGAGUUCUCCAUGAAACCUUUUCUUUUUACGUAAUCCUAUGUGUAAUUGUUAAUGUAAUAAAAGUUCUUCAAGGAGUUCUGAUUCUAGAACAUAUUAUAUGCUUUAAUCAUAUAAUAUAAUAGAGAAUGCUUUGCAAAUAGGAAGUUUCAAAUAUAUUUUGUAUCACUAAGCUCCAGCUCUUGCCUUUGACAGAUAGAAGGCCUCCUACAUUAAUGUUUGCAGAAGUCUGAGAGGUGGUUUGACAAGCGAGGACCCUGGAGAAGCAUGAGUGUUUGCUCUCCUAAAGCAAGCCCCAGGAAACAGUGAGGGCAAGCCUGAGGGUCACUGCGAGACAGUACAAGGCACAUUGUAAAGCAGGGAGGCUAAAAGAACCGGGGUGUUUCUUUGAUUAGAUUUAGAUUUCUAAGUUUUGUUUGUUUGUUUGAUUUACCCUGAGUUGUUUGUUGGGACCUGUAUAACAGGUAGAUAGGCUGUUCUUUCUAAUGAACACAGAAUCUGUAAGUGUGAUUAAACCAUGCAGAACUUUUAUUCUAAAAACAGAAUUUAUAAAACAUUUUAUUUCUUAUUUUUGCUAUUAUUACUUAAGACUUACUAAAAUAGUUCCUUGGAACAAUAAUUCAAACCAAGUGAGUUCUAAGCAGUGUCCUAUUACUUUUCAAAAUUUUAAUUAUUCUGUGUAAUAAAAUGUUUAAAGAAUGCUAUUUUAUAUAAUGCCGUAGGUGACAUUGUUAAUUUUUAUAUUUUAAAAAUGUUUAAAUACAAAAUAAGUCUACCUCUUUUCCACAGUGACAGAGUAUUAAUACUGCAUGGAAGUAAUUAAUUACUAACUAAGCAUUUGUUAAAGUGUAUGGUGGAACUUUAUAGAAAACAGUAAGAGGCUGGAGAGGCAGCUCAGUGGGUAAGAGCAGUAUCUGCUCUUCCAGAA